GGCGGCGAGCCGGCGCGGCGGCAGGUGGUACUCCCGGAGAGCGCGAGGGCGAGCGGCGCGCGAUGGCCACGGAGGCGGAGCAGGCGCCGCUGGGCCGGCGGCUCGAGUCGGUGGGGCCCGAGCAGCGCGUGCCCACCACCCUAUCGACGAUCGCCGUGCAGAGCGGCGCCACGCGGAUCGUCAUCGCUCUGCUGCAGAGCCGAGAAUGGGUGGAGCUGAAGGUACUGGAGAUGAGCCCGGAGCUGACCCACCUGGGACACAGCCUGGAGGAGGCGCAGCUGCUCCAAAAACAGCACGACGAGGUGCUGCAGAAACUCGCGAGCAAACAGUCGCCGGUGGAGGAGCUGCUCAACCAGGCCGACCAGCUGAUCGCCAGCCAGAAGCCCAAGGCCGAGGUGUACUCGGCCAUGGCCGAGAGUCUGGGCCUGGCCUGGCGCGACCUGAACGGCCAGCUGGAGAGCCGCCGCCAGCUGCUGCAGCACAGCGUCGCCUUCCACAGCCGGGCGCGGAACUUCAGCGACAGCAUGGACCUGGCGGAGCGGGUGUUCAGCGACGUCCGAAUUCCGUCCGACUCGGAGGAGGCCCAGGCCGCCAUCAAACAGCUCACCGACGUGAAGAAGGCGAUGCUGGAGGCGUCGAUGCUGACACUGCAGGAGGGCAACCAGUUGCUGGAGCAGCUGCGCCAGCUGGCUCUGCGAGGAACGAUCGACUCCCGACCGAACCAGAUCCGCACCACCGUCCAGACCGCCUGUAGCCAGGUGGAGCGGUGGCUGGAGGAACUGCACGACCGACGCCGCUGUCUGGAGGUUCUCUUCAACAACCGGCGCACGAUUCUGGACCAGUGCCGCGCGCUCUGCCAACUCUACACCGACCUGGGCGGUGUCCAGAAGCGGGCAGAGCUGGUCAGGAGGCAGCUGGCCGCCGGCUGCCAGCUGGGCGCGUCCGCUCACGCCGCCGACCUGCUGCUGCACGAACACUCCAAAAUCGAACUGGAGGCCAAGGCGCUGCAGGACCGGGCGCUGGCGCUGCUGCGCUCUGCCGAGGCGCUGGUCCGCGCCGACACAUACGCCCGCCACGAGCCGGCCACCCGCGCCUACGCCGUGCUGGAGAUCUGCAGCCAGCUGAUGGAGCUGGCCGAGCGGCGGCGCGGCCUGCUCACCGGCGCCGCCCAGUUCUUCGACCAGGCGCAGAAGGCCUGCGAUCAGCUGGACCGGAUGGAGGAGGCGCUGCGCGCCGCGCCGGCCGCCGAGCGGGCGCUGGUGCACGCGCAGACGGCCGAGUCUCUGCGCUCCGCCGGCGAGCCGGCCGCGCGGCUGGGUAACCAGCUGCUGGACCUGGCCGGCCGCGGCGCCGACGGAACAGAGGGUGUGUCCGAGUGUCUGGAGACGCUGCAGCGUCGGCUGGAGGCGCUCGAGCAGCUCUGCACCGCACACAAGGAGGAGAGCCUGCGGCAGACGCAGCUGUACAACGACUUCCUCGAAAAGUACAACACGCUGUUCGGCUGGAUGGUGGGCGAGGCAGAGACCUUCCUUCGGACGCACACCGACCCUGGCCAGGCGCUGGAGCCGGCCAACACCUUCUCUCAGCUGCACCAGCACAUGCAGCACGACGUCGAGGCCCGCGGCCGUGACAUGGAGGCUCUGCUGGACUCUGUACCGGCCCUGUCGGAGCAGCUGGGCGCCGAGAGAGCGGCCGACCUCCAGCGGAAGGCCGAGGACAUGCGCGCCCAGUGGAACAGCAUCUACAGAAUCAUCAACUCCCGGCAGGAGGUGCUGCGGCCGUACGGCCAGUUCCACCAGCGGGCCGAGCAGCUGCAGCGGACGCUGGACGAGCUGCGCGCUGCGCUGGACGGACGGCCGCUGACCGAGGACGACAUCGCACUGGUGGAGACCCGCUGGCCAGGCAUGCAGCAGCAGUACCACCAGCUGGCCGACGCCGGAAAGGCCUUCGUCGACAUGGCGCAAAACUGCAAGGAUCCGUACCUGGACGCGCGGCGCGCCUGCCUCUGCGUGGAGUCCAUCCUGGAGCACCUGCGCGCCGACCAGCUGAAGGUCACCGAGACGUACGAGCGCGUCCAGCUGAGUAUGAGCACGGCGCGCCAGCUGCAGCGCGACUGGGAGACGUGCGCGCGGGACUCCAAACAGACUCUGGAGAGCGCCUCGCGCCUGCUCGGUGAGCUGUUCCCUGUGCUGCGCGACCCGCCCCGGCCGGCCCGGGAGCGCGGCAGCCAGUGCCAGCAGGCGGUGCAGGAGCACGUGCCGCAGCUGGAGCGGCUCAGACAGGAGCUGGAGCAGCGCGCCAGGAGCGCCGAGAAACUGCGGGACGCAGACACGGGCGGCGAGGCCGACCGGCUGGCGCAGCAGCUGAGCCGCCAGCGCGAUCACGUGACCACCGUCACCACCGAGUACCAGAUGACGCUACAGAUGAUGCAGACCUACUUCAAAAACGUCGCAGAGCUGGACUCUGGCAUUGAGAAGCAGCGCUCCACGUACCAGAGCGAGCCGCUGCCGAGCGCUCCGGCCGACUGCCAGCAGCGCCUCCAGGAGCUGGAGUCCAGCCGGCGCGCCUUCCAGGAGCUCUUCAGGUUCGCUGGCGGCGAGCUGGAGCGGCUGGAGGAGCGCGUCCACCAGGUGGAGCCGCCGGCGGCCGCCGCUCAGGACAUCAGGGAGCUGCGCUCGGCUCUGGACACGCAGACGACCAAGUGUGAGCAGACGUGGAGCUCUCGCCGGGAGCAGCUGGAGCGCCAGGCCGCCUCCACGGCCUUCAACUCUGAGCUGGGAGCCAUUAACGGCCAGCUGGCAGAGCUGAGCUCCCAGCUGGACACCAUGAGGGGGCAGUACGGGGAGACGCGCCGGGAGGCCGAGCAGACCAGCCGCGCCUUCCGCAACUUCGAGGACACCAUAUCGAACACGGGUAGUCAGAUCCAGAGUUUCGUCAGCACGGCGGAGGGGUUCCUCGGCGGGACGCCAGAGCCGGAGCGGGUCCAUCUGGAGCUGGAGACGGUGCAGAACAAGUGGUCCUCCUUCCACCGGCAGGUCGGCGACAACCGGAAGCUGAUCGACCUCUCCAUCCAGUACUUCAAACUGGUCGAGGAGUCUGAGGACUGGUACAAGGAGGGCGGCAAACUGCUGGUGGACAUCGCCCGAAAGACCACCCAGAUCCGCUCGCCAGAGGAGGCCCAGCGGCUUAGGACCGAGAUCAACCUGUUCCUCUCGCCGGGCGAGCAGCGCCAGGAGGAGCGGCUCAGGACCAUCUCCGUGAUGGCCGAGCAGCUGUAUGGCACCCCGCAGCCGGAGCGUGUACAGACGGUGACGCAGCAGCACCGCGACAUGGUGGACUCUCUGACCACGGUCCGCCACGAGCUGCAGCGGCUCGUCGAGAAGCUGGAGCAGGCCGACUCGGAGCGGGAGCAGCUGCGCCGCCACAACGACCAGCUGGCCGUCGACAUGAGGGCCGCGCAGCAGGAGGCUGAUGCGGCGCGCGCCGCCGCCUCGGCUGCCGAGGAGGCGCGCCGCGCGGCGGAGGCGGCCGCGCUGGCGCUGCAGGAGAUGCCGCGGCCCAUCACGCCGCUGGUCGUACCCAAGGUGGACGUCUGCACUGAGACACUCACAGAGGUCACCAAGGUGACGGUGGACAGGUACACCCAGGGCGUCCCUGUCGGUACGGCCGACGCGGCCACCCAGCAGGCGGCAGUGCACACGGCCGACGCCGGCACGCAGCAGGCGGCCGUCGGCACCGCGGACGCCGCCACGCAGGAGAUCCCGGCCACCUCGGACGCCGCCACUCAGGAGAUGGCCGUCGGCACGGCCGACGCGUCCACGCAGCGCGCCACGGCCGCCACCGCCGACGCCUGCACGCAACAGAUCGCGGUGGGCACCUCCGACGCGGCGACCCAAGAGAUCCCCGUGGGGACGUCGGACGCCGCCACGCAGAAGGUGUCGCUCGGCACGGAUGCGGCCACCCAAAAGGUGUCUUUCGGCACGGACGUGUCGACUCAGAACGUGGCCCUGGUGGCGGACGUGUCCACGCAGAAGGUGUCGGCCGGGACGGACGCCUCCACGCAGGACCUCCCCGUGAGCACCUCGGACGCGGCCACGCAGAAGGUCUCCAGCGGCACAGACGCCGCCACGCAGAAAAUCACCAUGGGAACCGACGCUUCAACCCAGAACGUCACUGUUGGCACUGACGCCUCCACGCAGAACACGACAGUGGGAACGGAUGUCUCUACACAGAAAAUCACCAUGGGGACGGACGCCUCGACCCAGGACUCCACGUCGGCGGCGGACGCGGCCACCCAGAACGAAACGGCGGCUACGGACGCGGCCACUCAGAAGGUGACUCUGGCGGCGGACGCCUCGACUCAGGAGAGCGGCGUCUCGGUGGUGGACGCCGGCACGGAGCCGUGCCUCACGGACCCGCCCCCGGAGGUGCCGGCCGCCGAGGAGCCGGUGACGGCCGCCCGCCGGCCGCGCUCCGCCCAGCCGCCGCCACCGCCGGCCGCUCCGCUCGUACCGCCCGUGUUCACGGUUCCCCUGACGGACCGCACCGUACCGGAGGGCGAACGGCACGUGCUGCAGGCCCGUGUGUCCGGAGAGCCGGCCCCGACCGUCACCUGGCACAAGGACGGCCGGCCGUGCGGCGCCAACUCGGAGUACGAGCUGAGCCGCACGGCCGACGGCCUGUGCUCGCUGCUCAUCGAGGAGACCCUGGUCGAGGACAGCGCCGUGUUCACGUGCCGCGCCGAGAACGCCGCCGGGGUGGCCGAGACCAGCGGCCGGCUCACCGUCCGCGAGCUGGAGCGCGGCCAGUCGCCGGCGUUCAGCCGCCCGCUGCGCGACCUGCGGGUGGAGCCGGGCCGUCCGCUGGUGCUGCACGCCACCGUGUCCGGCUCGCCGACACCGCAGGUCAGCUGGCUGCACAACGGCGCCAGCGUGGACGCCGACCGCCGCUACCUGACCACCGUCAACAACGGCCAGUGCACGCUGCGCGCCGAGGCGGCCGAGCCGCGCGACCAGGGCGUCUUCGUGUGCCGCGCCGCCAACGCGCUCGGCUUCGACCAGACCUCGGCCACCGUCCGCAUCCAGACGCGCGUGCCGUACGAGAAGCCCCAGUUCUGCAGUCCGCUGAGUAACGUCAUGGCGCGCACCGGCCAGAAGCUGCGGCUCGAGUGUGAGGUCACCGGUCUGCCGCACCCGGAGCUGAGCUGGCUGCACAACGGACGGCCCGUGCAGGAGGGACGCGACACACGGGUGACCUUUGACGGCCGUCGCGCCACGCUCACCAUCCCGGAGGCGUUCCCCAAGGACGCCGGGACGUACGUCAUCGUGGCCAAAAACGAGGCCGGCGAGGCCAGCUGCCAGUGCCACGUCUCCGUCAAGGGCCGUCUGCCGACCGAGACGUCCGACUCGGAGUUUGCCAGUGACGCGGAGCCGGUGAAGCCGUGUGUCGAGGUGCAGCUGCGAGACCUGACUGUGGAGCGCGGCCAGCGCGCGCAGCUCGACUGCGUCAUCACCGGCCAGCCAGAGCCAGAGGUGAUUUGGUACCACGGCGAGCUGCCGGUGAAGGAGUCGCGCGACUACCAGCUGCUGUUCCACGGCGACCGGUGCACGCUGGUCAUUAACAGCGCGCUGUCAGAGGACGCCGGCCCCUACUCGGUGGUGGCCAUCAACUCGGCCGGCGAGGCCAGCUCGCGCUGCGCCCUCAACGUGCUCGCGCCGCGCACCCCCACCCCGGAGGAGGUGACCGAGGAGCCCAAGUUCACCCGGCUGCUGACGGACGCCAGUGCCCGGGAGGGCGAGCAGGAGGUGCUGGAGGCCGAGGUCACCGGCACGCCGGCGCCGACCGUCACCUGGCUCAAGGACGGCCGGGAGAUCCGAUCCACGGAGAGCGUCAAGCUCUCCCUGGAUGGGGGCCGCGCCCGGCUGGAGAUCGGCUCCUGUCUGCCGCAGCACGCCGGUAACUACAUCUGUGUGGCCUCCAACCGAGCCGGCGAGGCGCGCUGCUUCGCGCACGUGACGGUUCGCGCGCGGCCGCAGCCGGUGCAGUUCCGCGCGCCGCCGCCCAUGCAGCCGCCCGUGUUCGUGCAGAUCUUCAAGGACCAACACGUGGCAGAGGGAGAUGACGUGCUCUACCAGUGCAUCAUCGACGGCAAACCCAAACCGACGGUGCAGUGGCUGUUUGACGACGGCCCGCUGCCCUCGGAGAAGUUCUCCGUCUCCUCGGAGGGCCAGCACCACGUGCUGAGGAUUCGGUCCGCAGAGCUCGACCACUGCGGACGCGUCAAGUGCAUCGCCGAGAACGACAUCGGAAAGGCCACCUGUGUGGCCCAGCUCUCCGUCGAAGAGCCGGUGUCCGACCUGCCGCCGCCCACCGUCAGCCAGAUGAUCGCCCUCUCCGGCGGCGCCACCAACAGCCAGACGGCCAAGUCGUUCACCAUGAAGAAAACCUUGCACACUGAGGUCCACGAACAGACGCAGGUGAUUAACGGUGGCAGGAGACCGAAGCCGGCGGAGGAGCAGGAUCAGGAGCGCAGUCAGGAGGUGCACUCCAGCAUCGCGGUUCCUCCCGAGGAGCCGCUGCACCGGACCACCUACGAGGAGGUCCACCGCGGCGAGGUGGCGGAGCGGGUCGAGAAGAAGGUGCCGGCCAAGCCGCCGCGCUUCCUGACUCCGCUGCAGGGUCAGAUGGUGCGCCAGGGCGAGACGGCCCGCCUGGAGGGGGCCUACACAGGCUCGCCGGCCCCCGAGGUGCAGUGGCUCCGGGAUGGCGCCCCGCUGCCGGCCGACGCCGCGCCCCGGCUGGUGACGUCACACGAGCCGGGCCGCGUCACGCUGACGGUGGAUGACGUCACCGAGGCGGACGCCGGCCGGUACACGUGCACCAUGAAGAACGCCGCCGGCACGGCCACCAGCACCGCCGACCUCGUCGUCAAAAAGACGGUGUUCCCGCCGGUGUUCGACCACCGGCUGAAGGCGCAGGUGGCCCAGCCGGGCCAGCGGGUGUUCCUGGAGGCCACGGUGAGCGGCACGCCGAACCCGCAGGUGGUCUGGAGCCGGGACGGAGCGCCGCUCCACCCCGAGCGGCACCGCGUCAAGGAGGAGGGCAGCCGGCACAUCCUCGUCAUCGAGACAGUGACGAGGGAGGAUGCGGGCAAGUACAGCAUUCGGGCGACGAACGCCGCCGGCGAGGCGACCUCGAUCGCUGACCUGGUGGUGACGGACCAGGUGCCGCUGCUGGUGGAGCGCCGGCUCACCACGCAGAACCUCACUGAGAAGGAGAAGGAUGGUGUCGCGGCUGACUCGGCUCUGGAGGCGGCGGCGCUAGACUCGGCCGUGGCUCCGCUGGCUCACUGGCCGGCGCCGCGGCCCGCUGAGCCAGCCGGAGCUCAGCAGCUCACCCAGCUGAGCCAGCAGCAGCAGCGCACCGUCCGGACCAGUGACGUCACCGACCAUCGGUCCAGUGACGUCACCGGGCCGGCCGGCAGAGCCGCGAACGGACAGCCGGCUCCGCCGCCGUCCGUGUUCAGACAGCUUAACGCCAGUGAAAGUAUUCAGCGGAUCAGCGAGCGGCUCCAGCAGACAGCGAGGCCGCCGUCCCCACCGCGGCAGGUCAAAACACAAACCAAAACCACCACGGAGAGCCUCAGCCGGCAGGUCAGGACGUCUGUCAGCACCUCCGAGAGCGCGGUGAAAAUCGCCGACACCCCCGCUCCGCCGCCCCCUGCCCAGACCUUCUACAGCGCUACCACCUCGGCCACAUCCAGCCGGAGGGAAAACGGCCCGGGACAAACCCCCCAGACCAACGGAACGUCCGGUACACAGAUCAGCAGAGCGAGAACGGAACAGAAGUCAUCUGUGAGUAACCAGAGAUCCCAAUCCAGCUCGCAGACGAGCUCCAAGAUGACAUCACAAAUGACCUCUCAGAUGUCCUCCCAAAUGACAUCUCGUUUGACCUCACAAACAACCACACAAAUGAGCUCCCAAAUGAGCUCUCACCAAUCAAUAAACCAGUCGUCUCAGCAGUCCCAGAGACUUUCUCAGCAGACUUCCGAGCAGAGUUCCAAGCAGAGCUAUCAACAGACCUCCCAGCAGAGCUCUCAGCAGAGCUCCCAGCUGAAAUCCCAGCAGAACUCCGAGCUGAAAUCCCAGCAGAGCUCCCAGCAGACCUCCCAGCUGAGCUCCCAGCCGGCGGCGCAGGGCCCCGGCCGGACGGCCGUCGCCCCCUCGCCGCCAGUGCCGUCCAAGUUCGUCCGCGGCGAGAUGCGCGAGUCCGACUACGAGAGUGACCUGGAGGGCGGCAUCGCGGCGCGCUGGCAGCCCGGCGCGGCGCGGGCGGGCGGCGCCGGCACGCCAGGCUACCGGCGGGUGGAGUACCGCGCCGGCAGCGCCGGGCCGGCCGCCGCCGGCCGCGGCCGCUCUCCCACGCCGCCGUCCCGGUUCGAGUCGCCGGCGGCGGCCCGGUCCCAGCCGGCUCCGGGCGCGCUCCAGACGGAGCCCGACUGUGAGCCGGCGCCGGUCGGGGCCGGCUCCGUGCGGCAGACGACCAGCACGAGCAGCCAGCUGAGCCGGCGGACCGUCACCGAGCGGCGCGAGACCACCACCGCCACCCGGAUUCCCUCGCCGACGCCUCCGCCGCCCCCAUCGACGACCUCCAGCCAGCUGGUCCAAGAGGUCCAGCGGCAGCAGCUGCUGCAACAGCAGCAGCAGCAGCAACAGCAACAGCAGCAGCAGCAGCAGCAGCAGCAGCAGCGGAGCGCGGCGGGGAGCCAGCACACCGACGCGACUGAGACUCUGUCCCGGCAGUUCAGCGAGAUGCGCGACACGUUCAGCUCCAAGGUGCAGAGGCUAUCCAAGGAGGUGCAGUCGGAGCGCGCCGCCCCCGCUCCCGCCCCCGCCCCCGCCGUGACGGCAGGGCAGGGCGGCGCCGGCCAGCCACCGACCGACAACGGCCGGCCGAUGUCGUACCGCAACGAGGACCGUGCCCGCGACUGCGGCACGAAGCACAUCGACCAGGACACCGGUCUGAUCUACUUCAAGUACGACUUCGGGUACGAGUUCGGCGUCAUCCUGCCGGGCGAGAGGCCUCCGACCGUCGACAUCGACCCGUCGGCGGCGGCGGCGCGGCCGGGCCCGCCGGCGGCCGAGUCGGUCCGGCCGGCCGCCUCCACGCCCGCGCCGCCCGCUCAGGAGCUGGACCGGGCGCAGCUCAGCGAACUCGUCACCGCCGGACGGCUGCGGCCCGAGAGCGCGUUCGGCACGCGCACGCCGCCCAACGCGUUCGUCGACUACCCGGCGACGGACGGCGAGCGUUCCGAGGGCGAGGAGAGUCGGCCGGGCAGCCGGCCGGCGCCGCGCGGCAUCCUGCGCCGGCCGGCGCCCCUGGUGCCGCCCGCUCCAGUCGGCAACGGCGCGCAGCAGCCGCCCGUUCUGCUGAAGCCGCUCUCGGCCGUGUACGUGGUGCGCGGCGCGCCGUUCGAGCUGCGCUGUCUGGUGGAGGCGGCGCCCGGCCUGCGCGUGGCCUGGACCAAGGACGGCCGGCCGGUGGGCGCCGGGCCCGGCUCGCCGUACCGCGCCGACUCGGCCGGCGGCCUGUGCCGACUCUCCGUCCGCGAGGCGUUCGCAGAGGACGCCGGUGUGUACCGGUGCGUCUGCACUGGAGAGCAGGGCUCCGUGACGUCAGAGGCGGUGGUGACCGUGUCCGGUGAGCCCUGAGGAGCCGCCGCACCGCACCGCACUGCACUGCACCGCACUGUGCCAUAGAGCACCGCGCCGCACCGUGCCCAACACUACUGCACCGCGGCGCAGCGCACUCGGUGGAUGGGUUCUGGUCAGUACUGCACUGCACUGCACCGAUCCGCACUGCACUGCACCCGGGGUGCUCCCCCAGCGCUGAUAACUGCACUGCCUGAUUUGAGAACCAGUGGGGUGUAUUUGUACCUUUGUUGUUAGCGAGGAGCCGUACAGAAGAUGACAUGUUAGGAGACUGGGGAGGUGGAACAGGGAUGUCGGGUGGCCUGUCCCUGUCGUCUGUGAAGUCCAGUCGUGCCAGGUACUGCUCCGUGGCCGCGGUCAGGUCAGUCAUACGUACCGAGUUGUUGGGUGUUCAGGGGGUGGUGGGGAGGAGCGGACUGCCCGCCGCCGCCUGGGGUUCGCCGCGCUGCUAGUCACUGUUGGGCGUGUCGCCGCCGUUUGUACCGAGCUAUGUGUGGUGUGUCCUGUCCGCCGGUCAGUAAGGCUCUGCUAGGGCCACCCUGUCUGCCCGUCUCCGCUUUGGUGCUCGUCCCUCGCCUAUGGGCAGCUAGAUCAUGGAUGUAAAUAUAUAACGCGUUCUCGUGUUUGUGUGUGGACUGUUGUGUGAAUAGUGCCGCCCCUGCGCACAGCGGGCCCGUGUUUGCUCCUGGCGCCACUAUAAGCUCUGUAGAAUGUUGUUGGUAGACGAAGGAUAUAUUAUAUACAGUGACAUGUCAGUUACUAAUAAAGCUGCAACUAGCUGGCGAGAUCUUAGUGAGGCCCGUGUUGAUAAAUACGACGACUGCAAUAGCAAUACACCGUCUCUGAUCAA